GAAAACGCUUUCCUUAGCAGGGCGAAAACAUCCAAUCGUUAGUUUGCCUCAGCCUGGCGCGCAAAUCGGUCGUGUUUUCCAAUUCGUCUAACGUCUUGAUUUCGGCGACGGUGCUAUUCGUGAAAGGUCAGUGUGGAAGUGCAUACAGCAACGUGUUGUAAUACCGGUUUUUAUAGCCGUGGUGUAACGUGCUCCGUUGAAGAUGGCCACAAAUCAACAGAACGGGAAGGAAUUUCGCUUGCCGAUGCCUCUGGACCAGGCAGCCGUCGAACAAAAUGCGGAGAAGAACCGUUCGUUUUUGGGCACCGGCCGCUGCACGAGAGAUGUGGUCUCAAUCUUCCUGGCGGAAUUCUGUGGCACGGCGACGCUACUCUUUCUGGGCUGCAUGUGCGUUGUGUCCGGAUUUGGCAACAGUCCGACUAAUGUAGCCGGCGGCAUAGGCUUCGGAUUCACGGUUAUGAUAGUCAUUAUCAUAUUCGGACAUAUCUCCGGUGCGCAUAUCAAUCCCUGCGUGUCGAUCGCGGCCGUUGUCUACGGAACGCUGAAUAUUCCGAUGUUCAUCCUGUACCUGAUUGCUCAGUUUUCCGGCGGAAUCUGUGGCUAUGGGCUGCUGAUGUCCGUUACUCCGAUGAAAUAUUUCGCUAUGGCGAUGGAAACCGGAAACGGAUCAUGUGCCACCGCCCCUCACAGUGACCUGAGUAUAGUGGAAGCCUUCGGUGUGGAAUUCUUUAUAACUGGAAUUCUUGUUUGGACUUGCUGUGGACUUUGGGAUCCCCGGAACAGCAAGUUCGGUGAAGACACACCGGUCAAAUUUGCACUGAUCGUCGGUGGAAUUUCCAUUGCUUCAGGACCGUACACCGGUGCUAGUAUGAACCCUGCAAGAACGCUGCCUCCGGCUAUUUGGAAUGGGAGCUACAAGGCUCUGUGGGUUUACUUCAUUGCACCACCAUUGGCCGGAUUGGUAAUGCCACUGAUCUAUAAGUACGUCUUCCGAAGGGAGCCUCUGCAGGAGGAGCAAACGGCGGUUCAGCUUAACAGGAGACCCGAAGAUAUAAGAGCUCCUAUGUGUGUGUGUGUGUGUCAUCCUCUAUCCCUCACCCAGCCGGGGGCGUUGGACAAGUAGAACUACGAAUAAUUUGAUCAAAUCUAAUGCUUCGUAAUGGUGCCUUUUAUACUGUGAAGACUAGUACUUCAAAAAGGGUGUAACUUUUGACGCAAGACAGGGAGUCCUCAACAAGUUAAGGGAACAGGAUGCACUAGAUGUCCACAACAGGUACAGCAAAACAUCACAUAGACGCCCUUAUUCACACUAAAUACUCAGGGGGUAGAAGGUCAACAAGAGCCACCGCCGCCAACUAAAGCUUGAGCCGGGUACCUGGGACUUCCACGAUAUACCCGCGGCAAUGGUCAGCAGACGAUACCCUGUGCGUCUUUAGUAUGUAAUAUGUUUUAUUUGGAUACACAAAAUGUUUGAAGCCAUGCGUCAUCUAAACCAUAAUUUGUAUCACCACAAAUACACUUGUCAACAAUCUUCAAUUGGAACGUACUCACCAAAUCACUUCACCCGAGAGUGCAUUCCCGAUGCUUCCACGCAUAUCCCUAAACAAUUCCUCCUCCAGCGACUCCAACCACACAACAACCAAAUAUCACUUUUCUUCGCUUUUCUUUUUCAAGUCACAAAACCCUUACAAUAGAUCAGCGCCGUUCUCAUCACCGCCUAAAUAAACUGAAAUUAAAAUUUUCACUCGCACACGGAUAACCGUCCGGGAGGCAGAGUGCCAGCGCUUAUCCGGCAAAUGCAGCUGAAAACUAUGAAAGCGAAUGCAAGCAAAAACAGAGAACAAACUUAAAACACAACCGUAUCCAAAAGCGUUCGAAACUCGACCUCGAAGAUAUAAAAGCUCACAUUGCGGAUGAAAAGGUUCGGUACUAAUUCAACAACGACUGGCGACCAAUUGAAACGUUGGCAGCUGCUAUAAUAUUAUGUUAAGUAGCAUAAAAUAUCGUGAUAAACUAGAGGUAAUCUAUUCUCAUAAUGAUGAUAUUGGAAAUUAUAUCAACUUAAGGCUACACUUUACGAUAGGCAAGCUUACUAUUUUUAAGAAAUAUUAUUAUAAGAGACCAUAUUUCAGAUCAUAGCUCAAUUUUGUGAACUAUUUGAUGGAAAUAAAAUAAAAAAA